CUGCCAUGGAGCUGCCUCCAGGGCUGUGCGAUGAUCCCCGCGCCUGGGACUACGACUCGGACCCGGACCCGGACCCAGAGCCCGACCCCGAUGCACAGGCCGAAGCCUACGUCGCCCGUGUGCUCAGUCCGCCGAAACAUGGGCUGGAGCCCCCGCGCGCCCCGCCGCUGCCCGUUCCCGCCGCGUCCCCCGGCGCCCUGGAGCCACGGGCGGCGUCCAAGGUUUCGGCCGUAGGUGUGCCAGGCCUGCUGAGCCUCCCCCCGGAGCUGCUGCUGGAGAUCUGCGCCUACCUGGACGCGAGCCUUGUGCUCCAGGUCCUGCCGCGAGUGUGCCACGCGCUGCGCGACCUCGUGCGUGACCAUGUCACCUGGAGGCUACGCGCUCAGCGCCGCGUGCGCGCGCCCUACCCAGUGGUGGAAGAGGAGGACUUUGACUGGCCAGCCGCCUGCAUUGAGCUGGAGCAACACCUGGCACGCUGGGCAGAGGAUGGGCGCCGGGCUGAGUACUUCUGCCUGGCUGAUGGGCACUUUGCUUCUAUUGACUCAGUGCUGCUGCUCCAGGGUGGGGCGCUCUGUCUGUCAGGCUCCAGAGAUCGCAAUGUCAACCUGUGGGAUCUGCGGCAGCUGGGGGCGGAACCCAGCCGGGUUCUGGUGAAGGCUCUGGGCACCAAGCAGAACAGCACCCACAAGGGUUGGGUGUGGUCCCUGGCGGCCCAGGACCACCGCGUGUGUUCCGGCUCCUGGGACAGCACGGUGAAGCUCUGGGACAUGGCAGCUGAUGGACAGCAGUUUGGCGAGAUAAAGGGCAAAGCGGCUGUGCUGUGCCUUUCCUAUCAGCCUGACAUCCUGGUGACGGGCACCUAUGACAAGAAGGUGACCGUCUACGACCCCAGAGCCGGCCCAACCCUGCUGAAGAGCCGGCGGCUGCAUUCCAGUGCAGUGCUGGCGCUGCUGGCUGAUGACUGGCACAUCAUCUCAGGCAGCGAGGACCACACGCUUGUGGUGUUUGACCGCCGAGCCAACAGUGUCCUGCAACGGCUGCAGCUGGACUCGUACCUGCUCUCCAUGUCCUACCAGAAGCCCCAGCUCUGGGCUGGUGACAACCAGGGCCUACUGCACGUCUUUGCCAACCGCAAUGGGUGCUUCCAGCUUGUCCGGUCCUUCGACGUGGGUCACAGGUCUCAGAUCACGGGAAUCAAACACUCACUGGGGGCCUUGUACACCACGUCCACCGACAAGACCAUCCGGGUGCAUGUGCCCACAGACCCACCGAGGACCAUCUGCAUCCGCAACCACCACAACGUGCUGAAUGGGAUCUGUGCUGAGGGUAACCUGGUGGUAGCUGCCUCCGGGGGCCUGUCGCUGGAAGUCUGGAGGCUACAGGCCUGAGCAGAUAGAUGUGGAUACUGCCUGCCAGCAGGCUGGCCACAGCCUCUGUUCUCAGGGGACCCUCCCCCAUGUUGGUGCUGCUUCUCCUAGUCUGGCAGGCCUAGGACCAGGGAGUCCGGGCCAUGGUCGGACUGGGGUCCCUGAGCUGGGCCCCAUGCCAGUGGUGGUGACAUUGAGGUUCUAGCCCAUUUGGGGAACUGCUCUCCACCGUUGGGCCCUGUUUUUGUUAUGAUUCAGACACCCUGCUCUCUGUUGAAAAGUUGAGUGAAGAAGAAAUAAACCUGAUGUAAUGUUACUGUGAGGUUGGUGUAGCCCCACUAGUGUCUGCUUGGGGGUGGGCUGCUGUAGGGGUGUGUGUGUGAGUGAACAUUGAGAGACAGUGUGUAAGGGCUGGGCCGUACAUGUUGGUGGCACUGGGUGUGGAAGCUGCAGGUGCUUGUUUCCAUAACUUGUGUCUGUGUGUGCCUGUGCACACCAACAGUGUAUUUCAUGAGUCACAUGAGUGAUCAUGUGUAUCGUUGUGUCACUGGGUAGGCAGGUUUGGCUGUGUUUGUUACUAUGGUAACCUUGUCUAUGUGUCUCUGCAGGCCUGUGAGGGUGUGUGUGAGGAAGAGAGACUUGAGGACCGUGGGCACUUGUUUUAUGUUCUCACCUGUGUGUGUGAGACACAAGCAUGUGCGUGUGUAUGUGUGUGUGAGAGAGGUACGUGUGUGUGUGAAUGAGAGAGCUGUGUGGGGGGGUGUGAAAUGUGUGUGGUAUGUGUGCAUGUAAUGUGUGUGUGUGUGUGUGUGUGUGUGAGACCUGUGGGCGUGCAGAUUAUGACUCUAACCUGGUGUGUGCACAGUGGGAGCGUAAAGCCAUGUAUACUAUCCCAUAGGUGUGGGGUAAGGGUGGGAUGGGUGGUAGGUGCAUGCUCUUCUGUCCAGGAUGUGUGUGUGCCGCUUUGGUGGUGACCCUGGAGGUAAAGAGGGAGAGAGGCUGGGCCACGUGUGCGCCUGGCCCUGGCAAGGCCACAGCCCCCUCCGUGCCCCCAUGUUAGCCCAGCCCAGCCAUGCCCUGAGGAACAUUCACUUCAUGUUUAUUGAGGCGCCCUGGGUUGUAGGCCGCAGGGUCAUAAGAUGGCGCAGGUCUUCUUCUCCUUGAAGGGAUUGGUGGCAGCUGGAAGACCCACAAGGAAGGGAUCACUCUUGGUCUGCUCCAUGCAGAACUGCAGCAGGUCGGCGGCUGCCUUGGAUACCUGCAGACCAACCCAGUCAGCCAGACCUGGCUGUUCACCUGCCCCCUCAGCCCAGAUGUGCCCUCACCUCACCCCACCUCCUGCCCUGCCCUGCCCUGCCCCUCACCUUUACGCGGUCGAUGCCUGCCUCCACCCGCAGCUGCUCUGCAGCCCGACGGGCCUGCCCAAUAUCACUGCCAAUGGCCACCUUGCCAGACAUCUGGGGGAGGAUGAGCAG